AUGUCUGAAGUCACGUUUGCCAAGUCUUUCCUGGCGACACUCGACAAGAAAGCCAUCAAGCUGCCAGCCGACCAUGUCAGCGAUCCUAGAAAGUAUCCGAACCAGAGUCCGUACACUCUACCGAAGCAAACACAUCCAUAUCCACGAAAGACCGGCCCUACUUCCACGCAGCAAGCGCACGCGAAGACCAUUUCUGCCACACUGAAGCCGAUGAAAGCGGGCGAGACUGUGACGCUACCAAAUAUCGCGUUAGAUUCUACCAUAUUCGACCUCAAGAGCCAGUAUGCCUCUCAAACGGGUCUACAGCAAGAUAAGAUCAAGUUGCUGCUGAACAAGAAACCUGCGCAAGAUUUGAAGACGCUCAAAGAUCUUGGAGUAGAAAAGGACGUCGAGUUUAGUAUCAUGAUUCUAGGAGGAGCUGGUAGUACACCUCGAGCUCAUAGUCCGGCGAUGGAAGUAGAUGAGAAGACACCCGCUCCUGAAAGUGAGAAGGCUGCGGUAGAAGCUGAGAAAAUGGACACCUCGGACGACUCGCCAGAAUCGAUAAUCAACACUGACCAUUUCUGGAGCGAUUUACAAGGCUUCUUGACCACCAGGCUGAAGGACGAAGCACAAGGAGAGAGGCUCUCGAAGCUAUUCCGGCAGGCUUGGAGCAGCAGCAGCACAAAACCAUGA